AUGUCUGCCAUAGUAGUAGUUGAUUUACAAGAAGAUUUUCUUCCUGAGAAUGGUUCUCUUGCAGUGAAAGAUGGCCGUGAUAUAAUUGAGCCAAUCAUGAAGCUUUUAGAUUUAAAAUGGAAUUCAAUUAUUGUUACUAAAGAUUGGCAUCCAUCAAAUCAUAACUCAUUUGUGUCCCAACAUGAUGGCGUCCAACCAUUUACAAACUUAAUCUUUAACCAUCCACUUGGAGAAAUCGAUGGAGAUGGGAAUCCAAUAACUCAACUGCUUACAAUAUGGCCGGACCAUUGUGUACAAGACACUCCAGGAGCACAACUUGAAUCUAAAUUUUCCCAGAAAUUUGAACAAAUUACAACUCCAAAAAUUGUUGUGAAUAAGGGAUAUUUACAAGAUCGUGAAUAUUAUUCAUGUUUCAGAGAUUGUUGGAAAUUACAUUAUACUGAACUUAAGGACUAUCUAACUGAUAAUGGUAUUAAAGAUGUUGUAUUUGUUGGCUUAGCCUAUGAUUAUUGUGUAUUGAAUUCAGCCAUAGACUGCCAAAGUCUCGGAUUUAAUUCGUAUGUGGUGAAAAGUUGUUGUAAAAGUGUUCAACCAUCAAAUGAUAAUGCCACUGAUAAAUUAUAUGAAAAUGCUGGUGUUAAAAUUAUAACUGAAGAUGAUGUGACAAAGUUAAGCCUUGUUUAA